AGAUAGAGUCUAUAGCAAAUUAGGAUUUAGUACAGAGUCUGCACCACGCAGUCACUAACUUCUCGGGCAGAUGCUUUUCGCUCUGUCCUCAAAUUUAUCUAAUUUCUUUAUAAAUGUUUAAUUAUUAUUAUUUUGUCUUAACAAUAAAGUACUAUAAAUAACUUAUACAACUUGUCUCUCUCCAACCUUCUCUCCUACAUUAACCAUCAACGUCGACGAACUCAAAAUAUAAGCGAGCAGUGAGGGAUCACUACACCUGUUAUGCUACACUGGUAACAUCCCUAGCGACCUGUUGACAAAACUCGGUAGUCAGUAAUGUUUCGCAAACAUGUUCAUAUUAUGCACUAACAACAAAUUUGGAAAAUGUAUUAAAAACUUGAUCAUGCCAUAGUAUUAUUAAAAGUUGAAGCGGAUUUGUGCGAAUAUUUUGUUUGAGGAACCCUGCCAUGUUUUGUUCACGGGUCGCGCUGCAAUCGAGCACCUGACACCGACGUGAAUUUAUGAAACAGCUGAAUACGAACAAUGGUCAUUGGUCACUAGCAACUAGCGGUUAGCAACUAGCUACUAUGUUACUCAGUAUUCAGGACUCAUAGUUGAUACUGUUCGGUUUUCACUCUUCACUGCUCGCUGUGACACUGUCCCACUGCCAGUCACUGGGACGCUUCAGCCGAAACUCUUUUUAUCGAGUCUUGCCUACGUUACUUGUGCACUUGUUUUCACGAUGCAGAAAAACGAAAACACCAAACGUUUCCAAUACAAAAAUGGCAACCAUGACACAAACACUACACAUUACAGCACUCGGACACCACAAAUUAAUAAGUUAAAAGAGUUAAAUCAACCUGGCAUGGACACUAGCGACGCAGGUUCAUUUUAUAGUUGUUUAACUACACCUGGUAAAAGUGUUGGUGUUAGUUCAACAGAUAAGGAUGCAUGGUAUUACAAUAUGCAUCAUACUAAACGUGGGAAGGCUAUCAUUUUUAAUCAUGAACACUUUCAAAUUGAGAAUAAAAACUUGGAAUCUAGAGUUGGAACUGAGGUGGAUUGUCGUAAUUUAGAAGUAUCCUUAAAUAACCUCGGUUUCAGUGUUACUCCAUAUGAAAAUUUAACGCUGGACGAAUUGAAUGAUACAAUUGACUAUUGGGUUGAAGAAGACCAUACGAAACAUGAUUGCUUUUUAAUGGCGGUAUUAUCUCAUGGUGAACAAGGAAUCAUUUAUGCUAAAGAUAGAGGUUAUAAACCAGAGGAAAUUCUUUGGGGGCGAUUUACUGGUGACAAAUGUGUUACGUUAGCUGGUAAACCAAAGCUAUUCUUCAUUCAGGCUUGUCAAGGAGACCGAUUGGACAGUGGAGUUCAGUUAAGAACACAAGUGGAUGGUCCUUCUUCAUUCAAAAUACCAAUUUAUGCUGAUAUGCUUAUAGCUUACUCUACAGUUCCUAAUUUUGUUGCAUGGCGCAACCUCAAAGGAUCUUGGUUUAUAGAAGCUUUGUGUGAUGCUCUCAAUAAAUAUGGUUUUGUACAUGACCUAUUAACUAUACUGACAAUAGUGAAUCAUAAAGUGGCUAUUGAAUUUGAAUCUAAUUCCAAUGAUCCUAAGAUGAAUAAGAAAAAACAAAUUCCUUGUAUUACAUCUAUGUUAACCAGAUUUGUAAAAUUUGAAAAGGAAAAUUAAUGUACUGGUUACAUACAAUUAACAUGUUUCUGUUGUGUAUUCAACGAGAUAAAUAUUCAUUAAUGUAUUAACUAGUAUAAACUAGUAUAAGAUUACAAACUAUAAUUUGUAUAAUAAUAAUUCUAUUUUAAUUGUAGCUCCAUUUUCAACUAGAGUCCUUGCCGAACUUACUGGCGGUUGGGGACUCCGCCCACCACGAGGUGCAACCUAGUGCCACAAAUGUAUUUGGCACACUUUACCUAUGCCUAAAGGAAUCGGGCUUUUGUGUGUGAAACUGUGAACGUUACUUAAUUAUAGUAUUCCGAUUGCAUAAUGAUAUCUGGGGCGUAGACACCAACCACCAGCAUAGGCGCAAAUAAUCAAAUUAUUUUGGGGGGGACUAAAGCUUUUUCUAUAAUAAUUUCUAAAAAUUAUAUAUGCUCAGUACUAAUUACUGACUUUUGAACUGGGGGGACUUGGCAGAAAUAUGGGGAGAUUAAGUCCCCCUAACCCCCUCUCAUAUUUGCGCCAGUAAGUUUGGAAAGGACUCUAAGCUUAGAGAACAGUUUAAUAUUAGUGUUCAAAAAUUUAAUAUUUAGUAAUGAAUAAAAAAUUUGAACCACGGUCUUAAAAGAUAAAAUAUUUUAUAAGAUUCUGUGAUUUAAACUAUCUUUAAAUUUAUUUUUAUAACAUAUACAUUAUUGUGUAAUGUUGCAUAUUCAAA